AAGAACUGAUAUAAUUUAUAUUCAUAUGUUAGGGUGAGCCACAUGUCAAACUAUUGAUACAAAUAUUUUCUUUCCAAGUUCGGAAGCAGUAGACAAAUAAGUUUCAAAUGGCGUCGAUGGAUUGUAACAAUAAGUCCAAAAAUGAUAAAGAUCAAUCUCAACAACAUCGUGAAGAAUAUACAGAGGUCUCUGUUCCAUCUAUACUAACAAGUAUAACGACAACUUUUCAAAGUACUGAUCAAGUGGGUGAGAUCACGGAAGAUUAUGAAAAUUUUAUUAGUACAUCAGCUGUACUUCAUUAUUGUAAGAAUAAAAUACUGAGGCCUUACUUAAGACUGUUAGGAGUGAUGGGAUUAAGGCCAAUUAGUAGUGAUGACCAUUUUUUACGAUGUUCCAUUUUAGUAAAUUUUCAUACUGUUCAAGUUACUAUAUUUAUGUGUAUUGGAUAUAUUUUACAAUAUAUGGCUUGCUUCAGGAGAGACCGAGGAUUCUGUUACAAAGUAGUAAUCGUGGAAAACAGCGAAGAACAGUCGCAGACACCGUUUUGCUAUGGAAACGUGAUAUUUAGCUAUUUAAUCCCGAGUAUAUUACAUUUAGUAGCGUAUUUAUAUACGAUAUAUCUGUUUCGCGUUAAGGAGAAUGAGCAGCUACAAAAUUUGAUGGAAAGAGCGUUUUUGCUUUCCUCGAACCCGAUAAAUCGCGGAAAUCAAAAACGUCUCGUGCAUGUAUUAUGGCUAUUUAUAGCAUUGAGUAUAGUAUGGAUGAUCAUGGCACUGAUCACAGUAAAUAUUCAGAUGGCCGAAAGAAAUAUUAUAUUUCAAUGGAUGGAAAAUAGUCCGUAUCAGGUGAAGAUAACGUUAAAAGUACUCCUAAUUGUUUGCACCUUAUGGCACGAUAUGGUCCAAGGGACUAUUAUAAUAAGUUACUGUCUGCAAGGACAACUACUGAUGUCGCACCUUUACUUUUUACGCGGAAAGUUGCUCCAACAUAUUCUACUACCCAUCGACUGGAUGAGGGAUAUUGAUGAAUUCAAGAAAUUAUUGAAAUACUUCAAUGAUGAAUUAGGUCCAGCUGUUUGCAUUUAUACUAUAGUUAAUUUAUCAUGGGCAACUGCGGGUAUUGUAUGGUUGUUUCAAUACUAUGUCAACGACGGAGACAACAAUCCUGUUACAUAUGUUAACGUAAUGAAUGUUGUAUUAUGGAUUUUGAUUUCAAUCGCUCCAUUUAUACAGGCUGCUCGCUUAACGAAUGCUUGUUCCAUGAUCCGAGCUGUAGGACAUGAAAUACGUAUACGGCCAUUUGUGUAUCAAACUACUCCAGGCGAAGAUCUCGAUAGCAUACUUUUGUACACAUCUUCGUUGAAAAUGUGCGCUAGAUUAUUCAGGAUACCCAUCAAGGGUAGAUACUUAUGUCUUCUACUAACCAUUAGUAGUAUUUCUAUUCUUACUCUAGGGCAGUGUCAGUUUUUCUCAUAA